CUAAUAGAAAUUCUAUGAUGGAAUUGAUACGACAGAUGUAUCUGCGUCUUCCAAAACUAAAUAUAAAUGGAAGUUUGCUGCCACCGUCAAUAACAAGAACAUUGAGACAGUUCGUAGUAAUAUCGGCAAAUGGAGCUCUAUGACAAGUCCUGGUGAAAGAACGUUUUCAACAUUUGGUAAAAAGGCUGGCAGCCAAUUGAAGGCAGCAUCUGAUGCAUUGUAUGGGCCAAAGAAGGCCCAGGGGCCCAUGUUGCCUUCAGGAGAACCAUCUAGGCCUGUACUAGGCCCCACUUUGCCCACCAAAGGAUUGUCUAGGCCUGUCCAAGGCCCAACUUUACCUCCAACUUUCUUACAAGCUCAAAAAGAAGAAGAUAAAGAGGAUGAGAGGAAACGAAUGAAAUAUGAAAGGAAGAAAUACCAAAAGCACAAUGAUAUGGUUAUGGAAGAAUUGGUUCCCCGAGCUACCGGUCACGAAGGUAAAAUUGAAAAACGUAUAGGUAGGGCGGAUGCUAAGCGAGCACGACAGACAAGUCCUGACUUGCACGAUUCCAUGUUGAUGGGAACCAGCAGUGAUAAUUUUCAAGCAAGAAUGGCUGCCAGAAAACGGAAUAGAGAAGCACAACAGCUAAAAAAUACUGUGGCAGCCAAACAAAAACUACAAGAUUACCAGGAAAAAGAACAAGCAAAAAUGAAGGCUCUGUUGGAAAUGGCAAGAGCAACAAAGAGUGAGAAUGCAAUGUGGUGAAAGAAAGACAGAAACACAAAUGAUAGUUAUGCAAAUCAGAUGAAGCGGACACUAAGAUGAACAUCAGUUAUGAAAAUGGUCAAACGAUUUGUGCAAUAUAUGAGCUACAAUGACCGGGCCAUUUCUCCCCCAGCCAUGUAAAAUGACCCAUAUAAGGCAGCAUUAAUUCAAUGUUUUUCCACCAUUAAUUUUGUUUUCAUUACUACCAUUAUUUUCUUUGGUGAGUCGCAUGAUCAGAUGGCUGUCUUGUUACACAACCACAGUGUAUUUUAUAGAAGUGUGAUACGGGGUCGGCCACUUAAUACGUGCCAAUGCGAGUCUUUCAUUUCUCUAUUGUGUCAGAUUAGAUGAAAAUAGAUGAAAUCUACUCAUACUUUUAAUACUAUUAAUAUAAAUUUUUCAUCUAAAGAAUAUUUUUUCACAAGUUUUCAAAAGCAGUUAAUAACCACCUUCACCUGAUGCAGGUAGUAUUGUCAACCGGAGGAAUUAUACUUAAUAGAUUUAUUUGUCAUAUACAUGUACAAUACAAAUACAAUGUUUUCGUGGUAUAAAAACACAAACAAAAUAUACUAUGAGUGAUACUUUAUUUUUAGCACUUGGGUAAAUAUACAAGUUAACUUUCAUUCGGGCAAUAGCCCAUGGGCUAGUGGAAUUUAGGUGUAAUGUAUUUGACUGGAGAAAUUGGAUGUUUUAUAUAGUCAAGUGGUUUAAUGGAAUUUAGAAACCAGGUUUAUUAUAAUAUGAGGAAAGAGCUGUUUCAUACUGAUAAGUGGCUCUUUGUAUUUUAUUGUAUUUCCACACUAUCAAAUUUUAUGUGACAAUAAAAUGUAAUAUGCCAUAUAUAGUCAUGAUGUGCCUAUAUAUGGUCACGAUGUGCCUAUAUAUGGUCAUGAUGUCAUCAUUUACAUAUUUAGGCAUGUCAUGUUUUUAUCAAAGGAAAUUUGAUAGUCUGGACAUGACCUUAACUGUUUUUGUUGGUGUGUUUUUUUUCUUUUCACAAAUGCAUGCCUGAUCAUUUUGUAAUGGGAAAGUUGGUGUUAUGAAGGAGGUCCUAACAACAGCUCAAAGAAACCUGUUAGCGCACAAAAAAUAACACUACCAUACUACCAUACUUCUAUGGUGUUGGUUAACUGAAAUUUUUAAUUAUGGAGAUUUUAUUAACAAGUGGUUUUGGUUAGACAUUAUUAAUACAGUAAUUAUUAUAUUUAAUUCGUUUAUUAACAAUUUAAUUAUCAUACUUCUUUUGACAUUUUACUAUGUUCAGGAUCCUAUUUUAUCUAUGAAUUAAAAAACAAUAAUUCACAAUCAA